UUUUCUCCCCCACACGCGCGCGAUACAACUCAUUGAUUGUAACAGCCUCGACCACGGAAUCAGGAUGUGGGCGAAUGAGCAUCCGCCACACGGCGCAUCAAUUGAAUGAACAGGGCAGGGGAAAAGAGACUUUCUUUUGGAUGAACCAGCAAGGUACAGUAAAGCAAGGGAAAGAAAGGCAAAAAAGCAACAAUGUAUCAGCGGUGAGCUCUAUGCAAUGGCAGGGAUUCAUCGGCGCUUUCAUUCCGACAACACAGCAACAACGGUACACUUGAGCGAAGUAUUGAAGCCCGAAUCUUUCGACUCUGCUCGAGAUUCUAGCGUGUCAGCCUCGGCUCUUGCAUUACAGAUGUGUGCCAUAGUAUCCUGAAUUUGGCUUUGUCACUAUUGCAGAUGCAUAUUCAACGGGUUCAUCAUUAAUGCCCCAGAAGAAAAAUCCCGACGACCUCGAACUUUUGAGGGGUAAGGCUGGCAGGACUUUUGGUCAUCUUGCCGGUGUUUAUUGUGCUACGAAGGGCCUCCCCAGUACCUACAACAAAGACUUGCAAGAGAGCUGGGAGCCUAUGUUAGAUCAUGUCAAGACUGUCUCCGAUAGAGUGCAGAUCGCAAAUGGCAUCCUCAGCACUCUCAAGCUUCGACCAGAGCGCAUGAUAGCCUCGCUCAACCCUUUCCUCCUUGCGACCGACGUUGCAGACGCCCUCGUGAAAAUUUUCGUGCCUUUCCGUGAGACACACCAUAUUUCGGGACGUGUGGUGGCCAAGAGCGAGGAGCUGGGAAUCCCAAUGGACCAACUGAGCCUGGAGCAGCUGCAGGCCAUUGAUAGCCGAUUCCCGGAUAACAUCAAGGAUGUAUUCAACUACGAGGCUAGUGUUGAGUCAAGGAAUGCUCAAGGUGGCACCAGCCGAGCAGGCGUGCUAGAGCAGAUCGAGGUCUUUAAGGGCAUGCUGAAUUAGAGGCGUUUGAUAGAUGGCUCGAAGGCUACGGUUGCAGUACGGAAAUUGGGAAGGUAGAAGUUGAUCUAUUUUUUAGGUAAGAAAUAGAUCAACCGUGAUGUUUAUGUUCACCUGGGUUGGAAAAUAAAAUAAAGAAAAGCAAGGACAAGUGAUGAGAAAUUGUAGAGUUGGUGAUGGCGUCAGAUAUGAAGGUCCCAAAUGGGUUGAGCGUAGCCAGGGCCCGAAACCACAGCCCACUCUUCGUCCUCCGCAGCCUGCACUCAGCGACAGCUCAGCUUAGAGCAGCAAGAACUCAGCUCUGGAAACGAAAAUGGAUUUGGUACGCUUGAGUUUCGUCUCAGAGUAAUGUGGUAUCCAUGCCAUUUUCACCCAGCAGGAUCC